AUGUCUUUCAAAUCGGAUCACAUAAGGUUUGUAGAGCAAAGCGGCCUCAACAAGCCAUACAUCGAAAGGAACUUUAUACCACCAAAGUAUAUCGGUCAGAACGGAGAAGCCAACAUCGAUAUCAUCUCAUCAGCGCUCGAAAAGCUCUCGCAACGCUCCGGUGUCCUAAAGUCUGACGAAGUUCUCAAGCCAAAGGCAGACCCGACAGCGAAGUACGACCCCGACAAAGUCCCAGACCCAUUGGAUUUUGCCAGCAAAGCCACCAACCCAGACCUUCAGACGGUAGAGCUGCCUUUGAUCUCAGAUGUAUGGAACGGGAAUGAGCCAAUCAAUUACCAUGUUCAAUUGACGGUCGGCUCGCCUCCUCAAACAUUUUUGGUCGACCUGGACUCCGGAAGUUCCCUUUUCUGGCUCCAAGCAAUCCUUGAUGAUGAGCUUGAUCCAGAAAUCCUCGGCCAGAACACAUACAGACCAUCAAUGUCCGUUGCCGCCGUCGAAUUAGGCCAGAGUGAUCGGGCCAAGUAUGGCGACGGCGAUCUUGUCAAUGUGAGCCUCUUUACAGAUCGAGUCAAUGUUGGCAAGAUGUACAUACCAUCUGCAAUCGUAGGUGCUGCACCUACGAACGGAAUCAAGGUUGAGUUCCAGGUCAGUAAAGCCAAUGGUCUCCUUGGACUCGGAUCCCCAACAGAUCCAAAGAAUCGUGGGCGUCGCAAUCUGGUGCAAACACUCUACGAUCUGAAGCUUGUCAAACAUGCUUCAUUCGCUUUGAUUGGCCCAAGAGUCGAUCCCAAGCUCGCGGAGAAAAUCGAUAAACAGGUCAUCAUGCAGCCACGUGGUACCUUUGUGAUUGGCUCUGUAGAUCCAGCAUACUAUACAGGUUCUAUCGCUUGGUGUCCUCAGAUCGUUUCGACAAAUCGAUGGGUCGUCAAGCUUGACCAGAUCCUGAUCAAUGGCAAGAUAGCUUUCGAGAAUCAGCAAGCGCUGAUUGAUACUGGUACCGCCUACAUUGUCUCCUCACCCAGCAAUUUCGAUAAAAGCCAGGAAUUUAUCGAAGGUGCCUCGCCCAGAAAGAAUGGACUGAUGUUCACUUUCCCCUCCGAAAAUCUCCAAAGCGUAGAGUUUGUAUUAGGAGGUCGUAAGAUCCGUCUCCAACCUCAAGACUUUGGGCUUGGUGGGAUCAAAAACGAAGCUGGCCGAAUGUGCAGCAGUAUUGUGAAGCUCCCUAAAUGGGAAUUUGAGGAGAGCCUAUGGGUCCUCGGUGGUAUUUUCCUCGACAACGUCGUCACCAUCUUCGACUACGACGAACGCAAGGUGGGUUUCGCAGACAUAUCGGAGAAAGACUUAGCCAGCGCAACCAAAAUCGCACCUGCUAACUCCACCGCUGAUGCCACACAAUCUGUUCCAACAUCAAGCGGUGCAGGAGCAGCAGUCCCAGCUCCAACCACCGCACCUGCCUCCGGUUCUGCUCCCAAAUCCCAAAAGCUUAUAGCUUCCGAUGCGUCGUAUUCGGAGACCAGCAUCGAAAAGACCCCAAGCGGCGGUCGUGAAAUCGUCCAACGCAUCAGCUUUGGUCAAAAGCCCCAAUGCCAGAUCGCAACGGGCCUAACGAGCUUCGAUCUGGGCUACCAACACGUCCGCCUCAUAACCUUCGCAACCGACAACUCCUACAACGGCUUCAACCUGCACGUCAACGCCUCCGCCGACACCGCCACCCACGGCGUCCUUCCCAAUCCCGACUCCGACACCGUGCUCCGCUACGGCAAAGCCGCCUGGCUGCGCACUCUCCCCAACGACCCCAACAUCCAAAUCGGGCGAUACACGCUCGGCGACACGUACCCUCAGGGCAAACAACUACCGCCCGACAACACGGCGACGGUGAAAUUCCCGCGUGCGUUCGCAAGCCCGCCGAAAGUGGUGCUCUGGCUGUGCGCAAUGGAUUUCUCGAAAUCCGUGAACUGGCGCCUCAAAGCUGAUGUGUCUAACAUUACGGCUGACGGCUUCACCAUGGUGCUGGGGCCUUGGAAGGACACUAUCCUCUACAAGACGGAGGUCUGCUGGAUUGCGCACGCAGACGUGCCUGGUAUCCAGAGCGGGAUGUUCAGUACCGAGGAUAUCAGAGGCGGGGAAGGAUGGCAGCUCAAUAAUUCGGGAUUUGCGAAGUUCGAGAAGAAGUUUCGCAAGCCGCCGAGAUUGGUGGCCGCGCUGAGUAAGUUGGAAUUUGGGUAUUAUAGGGAUAUUAGGGUCAGGACGACAACCGAGGCAAGCGAGGAGGGUGUCAGGUGGAGUAUGGAUAGUGAUGGGGAUGUGCAUCAAUAUAUUACGAGGUGUUCGUACAUUGCGUUUGAUGCGGUGAGUGACCUUCCUCUGGUAUGCGACUUUUGCAAGGCGAGUAGACUAACGAUGGGGCUAGGAUCUUGA